AUGGGGAAACGUGGAGAGGAUGGCAGGUGCGCGGACACAAGGAUCGCGCCGGAGCUGAAGGCGAGCAAAUUGGCGCAACACCUGGCCACGGUGGCCCGGGAAAUGCCGGUGAUGGGUGUGGAUGAAAUGAGAGGCGAGUUUCUGAUGCGGUGGCGGACGUGGAAUUGCAAUAUGGCAGGUGUGGGGAAGGAGAUUGCGCGGGCGCUUUCGGAUGCACCUGGGGACGCAGAGCUUUUGGGCAUGCAGCGAGCGGCUGCAGUGAUGGCCGGUGAUGGCGAGUUUGAGGUAUCGGAUUUCACCGUGCUGGACCACGCGCUUAUCGCGCUGCUGCAGCAGGACCUGCCGGCGUUCCUGGCGCGCAGCGACCAGAUCGACGGAUGGCUGGCAGCACACUCGGCGGACCUUCUGGGCCAUCUUCGGAUUCUGGACAGCUUCCGCAAUGUGUUUGCCGAGGACCCACGCGCGUUCUAUCUGCGCGCACUGGCCGACAGCUAUUUGGUGUACGAGGAGCUGUGGCGCGUCGUUAUGGAUUAUCUGGGGGCGGCCAAUGCCACUGAGCAAAUGCAAGAAGUGGCAAUGCGGGUGCCGAUGACGUCGGAUCGCAUGGCCCAGCAAGUCCUGGACGUGUGCGAGAAGCACAAGCUGCAGGAAGCCAUGGAGCGGAUUCUGCGGCAGCGCGCGCACCAGCAGUGGCGGCGCGGGCGGCGUGGCGCGGCAAUUUCAGAUUUUGCCCAGGCCAACGACGAUAUCCAGGUGGCGGCGGUGUGCAAUGAACUGUGGCAGGAGUACCUGGAGAGCGGCCAGCUGACAUAUGGAUCGGCCAUAGACGGCGUGCUGGGUGUGGUCCACCCACGGGUGCAGUUUCUGGCGCUUUACCGUGAUUUCCACGAGGCGUAUGUGAAGCGCGAGCUGAAAGUAGCGGGCAAGGCGCUGCUGGAAAUUUUGGUGGGAGAAUUGGCGCCCCGGGAUGCCUGUGAAGGACCUAUUGGUGGACGCGGUGCCGUUGCUGGAAGGCAAUGA